AUGAACUGCAUCUGGGACCGCCCAGGGACCGCCCAGGGACCGCCCAGAGACCGCCCAGAGACCGCCCAGGGACCGCCCAGGGACCGCCCAGGGACCGCCCAGGGACCGCCCAGGGACCGCCCAGGGACCACCCGGGGACCAGCCAGGGACCGCCCAGAGACCGCCCAGGGACCGCCCAGGGACCGUCCAAGGACCGCCCAGGGACCGCCCAGGGACCGCCCAGAGACCGCCCAGGGACCGCCCAGGGACCGCCCAGGGACCGCCCAGAGACCGCCCAGGGACCGCCCAGGGACCGCCCAGGGACCGCCCAGGGACCGCCCAGGGACCGCCCAGGGACCACCCGGGGACCGUCCAGGGACCGUCCAGGGACCGCACGGGGACCGCACGGGGACCGCACGGGGACCGCACGGGGACCGCCCAUAG